AUGCCUUGCCAGCCCAACAGCCAAGCAGGGAACCGACUUCAGCAAGAGGAUGCCAGGUUUACAUGUUACAUUCCAUGGUGUGAACGCCAUAUUCGCCAAAAGACCGUCCUCAUCAUCUUGGAAAAUGUAGUGGGCCCGCCGCUGCACGUGAUCUACGAUAUGUUCAAGGAGCACUACUACAUGUGGUGGGUGGAAAAUGAUGCUUGUGACUGUGGUCACUCAGGUGUUUCAAGGCCAAGGAUCUAUGUGUACCUUCUUCAUAAGGAGACAGGGGUAGUUCUUCAUGAUCCUGUCGCCUUAUACCAUGAGCUGGCAAGGGUUUUGAGGAAAACCAUUCGCACAACACCCAAAGACUAUUUUUGUGCGACCGACAGGGAGGUCAUUUGCGAAGCCAUGACGACAGCAGCAACACGCAACCUACUGUUCCAAGACGGUUGCUUGGACCUCACCUACCUGCUUACGCCUCGUGAGAAGGGCGUGGUUGACAUAUUGUGCCGUGAGUACUGGUCCAAGUUCUCCCAAGACCCUACCCAGGACGGCAACCUGGUGAUGUUCUUGGGUGACAACCCAGGAUACGCAACCACAUGGAGCGCAGUGUCACAGAAGAUCCCUUGCUUUAGGAACAACAAGGGGUUCUACUGGAUCCCCUCAAAAAAAAGAUGGAUGACAGUUCGAGAGAAGUUGAGCUGUCUAGGUCUACCUGUAGACAGUAGUGUUUGCGAAACCAUGGCCACCCCUCCGAUUCAGUUCAGAGAUGCUCACAGGGCUUCAAGCCUGAUCGGAAACUCGAUGCACUUGGGAUCAGUUUGCUUGGCCGAAUUGGUAGGCCUGGUGAGUUUUGGAAAAAGGACUACUGUUGCUGAAGCUGGCCAACUCGCACAGGAAGGCCAGCAGCACAGAUAA